CGGUAGGAGUACCGUCGUACACAAACAAAGUGGAAAUGGUGGUUGCAUAUGUCAGAUAGUCAGCAGCUGAUGCACGUGGUGACGCUGAUAUAAACUUUAGCUUAUCAGUACCUCGUGGACGGCUGUCAGCUGACCUGACAAUGGGUCUUCAUGUGUGAGAUAUGCAUGUUCUAUUAGACACCCUACCCACUAUAGGUGCAACUAAGAAUUUCACCAGGAAAAUUACUUUAGAUUGUAAAACCACAAGUAUGACUGAAUUAAUAUUUAGAUUAUCAACAAGAGCCAAUACUCUAUUUAAACAGAACUUUUUAUUCAGUGACUGUAGUAAAGAAAGUUUGGUAUAAAUAGGACAGAACACAUUGGAUCUGUCAAUUUACACUUCAUUAUUAUAAAGACUUCUGAUUUAACAUUUAAUAAAAUUUCAAAAUGUCUGAGUCAGCGCCAUUGCUGAAAAAGGCCUCCAGCCAAGCUAAAACUUUACCUGCAUGCCAGCGAUUCUUGUACAGUAUGGGACAUGUACUUAACGACCUCACAGCCUCGAUGUGGUUUAGCUACUUAAUCAUCUACUUCCACCAGGUGAAACAAUUUAACAACGUUCUAGCAGGAUACUUGAUGUUGAUUGGUCAAGUGAGUGAUGCUUUGUUUACACCAUUUAUUGGUUUCGAGUCGGAUCGCACCCAAGGAUUUCUGAAAAUUGGGAAACGAAAGUCAUGGCAUUUGAUAGGUACAAUAUGUGUGGCGUGCAGUUUCCCCUUCAUCUUUAACGAAUGUAUCACCUGUGGCCAUGCCCAAGAUGGCUACCAGUUUAUCUACUAUGCUCCAUUUGUGAUCAUUUUUCAGUUCGGUUGGGCGUCGACCCAGAUCUCUCACCUGUCACUCAUUCCUGACCUCACCACUAAAGAGGAUGAGCGGGUCGAGUUAAACGGCAUGAGGUAUGCCUUCACUGUGCUGUCCAACCUAGCGGUGUUUGGCUUGUUUGCACUCCUCUUUUACCUCAACACUGGGGACGAUGUUGGUAACAGCGACAUGCUGUCUCCUGCAGACAACAACAAAUUUAGAGACCUGGUAUUUAUUGUGGUCAGUUUAGGCGUAGUGGUCAGUUUCCUGUUCCAAAUAGGUGUGAAGGAGGGCGUGAAGACUUUCACUCAUGUAGAGGCUGAGGAAGCCAUGUCCAAGUCUAUGAAAACAUGUUCGUCAAUGUCUUCUUCCGCUGGAGAGAGCGGACAGUCCAUAGAAAUCUCCAUGAUGAGGCAAUCCCUCAUGUCAUGGAAGGACUGGCUCAAGGAAUCACAGUUUUAUCAAGUUGCAUUGAUAUACAUGUGUACAAGGUUGUUUGUGAAUGUAUCACAAAUCUAUCUCCCCUUGUAUGUCACAGAGACCUUACAAUUGUCCAAGGUCAAUGUUGCGAUAAUGCCAUUGGUAGUAUUUGUCAGUGGACUCUUUACAUCUUUAGUUAUGAAGCCUAUCAACAAAGCUAUUGGUAGAAAAGCUACCUACUUAAUAGGACUGUUGUGCGGUUUAGGAGCUUGUAUUUGGAUAUAUUUCCUAGACAAAUCUACAAAACACUAUUGUUAUGGUGUAUCAGUGUUCCUUGGCAUCGGUGGCUCCACCAUGCUGGUUACCUCCCUUGCUAUGACAUCAGAUCUGAUUGGACAAAAUACAGAGAGUGGAGCUUUUGUGUAUGGUGCUAUGAGCUUUACUGACAAGCUUUCAAAUGGGCUCGCUGUUGUCCUUAUUCAACAUAAUCAUCCCUGCACGAGCUGCUGUCCGCUAUGUAACCAGUACUUCAAGACCGUGCUGACAUUUGUCCCCGGAGGAGUGGUGCUGCUCGCAUUUGUCGUCCUUUGCACUCUCAUCCCGACAAAAAUAGGCACGAAGAAGAAAGGAUUGAGACUUCUGCAGCCAGUGAUGAAUAGAGAAGAUUCAAAUGGUGCCAUCCCCGGAGCGAUAACGUGUCCGACGAGUCGCAACAUUAGCAUUGACGAAGAGAGUGAUGACCACAUUCAGCAACUGUUGGCUAAAAGUCCUAGUGUCAACUCCUGUUGAUACAAACACGACUGAUCAUAGCAAGUACUACGCUUGUCUAGUAAAAGGUCCAAUGUUGUAUGCCCUUCUUGCAAGAGUUCAAGGGAAAGGAUUGCUAAGCUCUCAAUCUCUGUCAGAGUUAUCAGAGACUUCUUUAAGAACAAUUCUACAUAUUUUUGUGGUUGGCACCUACGAUCAGUUUACUACACUGUUGUAUAAAGUACAAAUGUAUAUAUACCUGAAUUUUUAAGUACAAUGUGUAUUUGCUCUGAAAAUGCAUAACUUGUGCUAGAAUUGUCCUCAAUUGUAUUUCUUUCCUUGAUUAAUCUGAAUUGUCAUGAAUGAUGCCUCGUGAUCUGCAGGUUUAAGGAUAUUUAGUUCAAGCACCCUUCAGAAAGCAUUAUACAUGUACCUGUUAUUUCAAGGAAUAAUACUUAUAGGACAACUUUAUUGGCCAAAGCUGCAUAAAUUGUGUUGAAAUAUUGUACACGGUUGUAUGGACAACUCUGAGAAUGGAAUCCAGAGCUAGAACCAGGUUCCUCAGACCAUGGUCUUAUCAAUGUUGGAUAAUUAUAGAAACUUACAGAUCUGUAUGUAUAUAAUAUAAGAUUGAUCACACAAGCUGAUAAAGAGAAUCUUGUACUCCUGCUUGUAUAUAAUAUAAGAUUGAUCACACAAGUUGAUAAAGAGAAUCUUAUACUCUUUAUACAUGUAUCUGAUAUAAGAUUAAUCACACAACCUAAUGAAGAGAAUCUUGUACUCCAGCAUGUAUAUUGUAUCUGAUAUUAUUGAAAAGCAAGUUGUGAUUAAGAGAAUCUUACACUCCUGUAUAUAUCUGAUAUAAGAUUGAUGAAACAAGAUGAUAAAGAGAAUCUUAUACUCUAUAUAUAAGAUUGAUGAAACAAGUUGAUGAAGAGAAUAAUUUCAUAAUCUACAUAUCUGAUAAAAGAUUGAUCACACAAGCUGAUAGGAGAAUCUUGUUCUUCUGUAUAUGUAAACAUUGUAUCUGGUGAUACUGAUAAAUAUGUUGUGAUUAGACAAUCAUACACUCCUGUAUGUAGCUAAUAUAUAGAGAAUAAUACAUGCCUUUUUCCAUAUCACACCUAGU